AUGGAUCUGAAGGAGUACUUCAACAGGAUUGGGUUUACUGGCCGAUAUGACAAACCUGACCUUGACACUUUAUCCACCAUCCACAAGCUGCAUGUUAUGAAUAUUCCCUUUGAGAACCUCAGCAUCCACUGUGGGGAGAAGAACACUAUAGACCUGUCAAUCAUCUAUGAUAAAAUUGUCAAGAGCAGUCGAGGUGGCUGGUGUUGUGAAAACAACCUCUUGUUCUCAUGGGUCCUAAGAGAGAUGGGUUACAAAUAUACAACGCUAGGCUCCAAGGUGUUUAAUAAGUUCAAAAAUGAUUUCAACCCUGUCGAUUCUCAUCUCAUUAAUCUGGUGGAGAUCGAUGGAAAACCUUACAUCACAGAUGUGAGCUAUGGUGUGUCGUGUCAAAUGUGGUAUCCCUUAGAGAUGAUUUCAGGUAAAGAUCAGCCACAGCCUCCAGGUGUGUUCCGUCUCCUAAAUGACGGGAUGAGGUGGGUUCUGGAGAAGACUGGAAGAAAGAAGCUGGUCAAGGAUGACGCCUUUGCCAAAUCUUCCCUUAUCGACCAGCGCCUGUUGAAAACCAUGUAUUGCUUCACAUUAACACCACGUGUGCCCGAUCACUUUCUGGAGAUAUCAGAGUGCCUGCAGACGAGUGCAGACUCUAUAUUGGUCCUCAAAUCCAUUUGUUCUUUGCAGACACCUACAGGUUUUAGAGCUCUGAUUGGCUGGACAUUUAGUGAGAUCACAUUCAACCCGCGGGAGGACUUUGACUUGGUGGACAUGAAGGAAAUUCCAGACUGUGAGAUGGAGGCUUUGCUGAGGGAAAAGUUUAAUGUGGUGUUGGUUAAUAAGUUCUCACCUAAGAAUGACAAAGUUCAUAGUACUCAGUAA